AUGUCUAGAAACACGGGAGAAGAAAAAGUAAAGGCACAUAGAGACAAUAUUAGAUUUAUCUUCCUAUAUGUUACAGGAUGGCUGGUCCUCCAGGCUCCUUAUUCUGUUUUUGAAGGAGAUGCUGUGAUUUUGCAAUGCCAAGGAUGGAGGAAAUCUAAGUUAUCCCAGGUUACAUUUCACAAGUGGAACAAAUCCAUUUACUUCACUAAAGAAAACAAAGCUCUGUCCAUCAAAGCAGCAAGGAGAGAAGAUAGUGGUCAGUACAGUUGUAGUGCAUAUGUGGAAAAUCAAAAAAAAGAGCAAAGAUCUACCCUUGUCAUCCUUCAAGUCCAAGAGUUGUUCCCUCGACCUAAACUAAGAAUCAAAAAUUCCACGGAAGCCAUAGUGGGAAGUUCGGUGAGCUUGAGCUGUGAGACACAACUAUCCCCCCAGAGGUCAGCCUCCCGGCUCUACUUCUCCUUCUACAAGGAUAAUAGGACCAUACGAGGCAGAGACCAGUCCCCAGAAUACUGCAUCCCAGCCACCAUAAUAGCAGGGACUGGGUUUUACUGGUGUGUGGCAGCCACGGAGCAUGACCAAGUUCAGAAACAGAGCCUCGAGCUGGAAAUUCAAGGCUCUACAUCUAUCCCCUUGGGGAACAGGAGGAGCCAGCUGGUUCUGGGGAUUCUGGUCUUGCUUGUCAUGACUGGUAUCAGUGCAGCCUUUCUGCUUUAUUUCAGGGUCUUGAAGAAAGCAGAAGGAGCUGCUACCCCAGAUCCUACCAGGGGUGCAUUCUUCCCAGGUACUCCAGAAACCUCUAAAGCCUCCUCAUCACCAGACCUGGAGUCUUGUCCAGUAUAUGUCAAUGUGAAUCCUCUGGAUGAAAAGAAUGAAAAUAUGGUCUAUUCUGAGGUAUUUUUCAGGGAACAGAAAAAGAAAGCUAUCUCCAAAGACCCAUCCCCAAGGAAAGAGGACUUCUCUGUCAUCUAUUCCAAGGUGAAGUUGCCACAGAGUCAGAAACUCUCACCUGCAUAAGGGAAUAAAUAUAAGAGACCCACCCCAUCGCACAUAAAAGGAAUGAUGAUAAUUCUACUCUGGUGAUCCCCGAUUCCCCACACGACCACCAUCACCAACCCUCCAUGUCAUGAUGUUCCUCAGAGAACCUGGAAAAAGACCACCUCCAACAAGGGAGCCAUCCCACUGCAAACCAGAAGAUGAAAAUGAGCCUUUUUUUCUCUCUGUAAAAACAGGAGUCCCUGGACAUUCACCCACCACUGAAUCAUUGACUGAAACAUGGUAGAUUUCCCAGAAGAUACGCAACUAGAGUUGAGAAUGGAUCAUAGCAAUCUCCUUGGCCAAGAUGGAAAUAAUGUUAUCUUCUUUCACUCUAGUUAAGAGCUAGUCUUAUCUGCUUUUUUCUCUGUGUAUCUGUGCUGGGCAAAAGUGCUAUUUGUCCCUGGAUGUUAUUACCUUAUCCUGAAGUAUAGCCAGGUGAAAGGCUCCUUUUUGUGUUCUAAUUUGUAAGAUGGAAGGCAGCUCAGUUCUGCAUUCCUUGGAAAAGAGCUCCAGAGGUGAUUCUGGUACUUAAGAAAAACAUGGCAUCAUGGGAAAAGCACUUCAAGUCAGAAGACCUGGAUUUGAUUCCUAGGUCUGCCAUUAUGUGAUAUUAGGCAAUAAUAAUAACUCAUGGAGAGGGUAUCUGCCAUCUCCCAAGUCCAUAUCUCCAUGGUGAGAAAAGAGUGCAUUGGUCCAUAGUUCCUGAAGAGUCUCUGAGUUCUGACCUGAUGACUGAUCCUGCAGAAUGUGAGUCAUACAUUGAGUUUUUAACUGUGUACAUUCUUUUGCCCACUUAACUUAACAUUUCCUAGAAAUCCUGGGUUGAACAUAACUUCUCUACUGUUUGAGAAUCUCAAAGUCCAAGAGAAGUAAUUACCCAGUCACUUUAUAAUUAUUUUGUUAUGCAUCGUUUCAUCAUUAUCAUGUAGUUUAUUUUGCUUAUUGAUUCUGUGCCAAGAAUAAAAGCAGUAUAUGCGCCAAACCAAACAAAAAUAAUAGAAACAUUUACAUAAUUCUAUGAAGUUUGUUAUGCACUUGA